CAAACCAGGCAGGAACGGUAAUUCCCGGGAACAGCUUCGAAGCGCAGGUCCACGGGUCUGAUUUCGCGGCAAUUUGAAUUCGAGAAGCUCAACACGCCCCCCGCGAACAACCCACAACCGCCGCCAUGUCUGUCGCGCCGUCCUUGUACAAUGCCAUCUCCAAGCGGCCUUGGCUUGCGAACAUGCUCAAGCCGCUCGCCGGCUGGUACUCCAACGCCGCUGGCUACCGUCAAAUGGGUCUGAGGGCCGACGACCUGCUCGUCGAAGAGGACGAGGCCGUGCUCAAGGCGCUGGGCCGGCUGUCGCCCAAGGAGAGCUACGACCGCAUCUACCGGAUCCGGCGGGCGACGCAGCUCAGCCUGCAGCAGAAGAUCCUGCCCAAGCACGAGUGGACCAAGCCCGAGGAGGACGUCCCCUACCUGUCGCCCAUCCUCGAACAGGUCUACGCCGAGUCCAAGGAGAAGCACGCCCUCGACACCCUGACCGUUCUCAAGAAGCACUAGAGGCAAGGUGGGGGUGGGUAGCGAUGGUUGGUGGGAACGGGAGGAGGUCGUGAGAUGGCGAGGUGCGCGCUUGGGUUGGGGAGUGAGGUUCGGUCGGAUGAGAACUGUACUUUAGGGGAGGGGGGGUCAUGCCGCGAAGGGCGCUACGGGAGGCCCCGGUGAGGGAAAAAUAGAGCUGCCGCCGUUAUUCGAGAGGACGAGCUGGCAUGUAUGUGUAUAACCUCUGGUUUGACCCGUCAAUCAGACUCGCCCACCCAAUUCACUUUGUGCUCUCACCAUUUGGCUGGAAGAGGAUUGACUCGACGAGCCCAUAUCGCCGCUUCAACACAAAGCUUCUGGCUGAGUUCAAGCUCGAGUAUUUGUGACAUGUAAAACCCCGCCGUAUUUACGGCGUGUUCUGGUUUUGCUCUUCACAUAUUUUUU